AUGUCGAGCACACCGGAUGAUAAGCCGCAGCGGGCUACCGCGGCGCAGAUGGCGAACAGAAAAAUAAGAGACGUUCGGAAGCGUCGUCCCAAUAGUGCUGCUCCGAGUGCUCCUACGCCUUCGUUCGGAGGAGGUCCUUUCAAUUCCAUCGACCCUAACACAGUUUCGUCGACACCAGCGAAUUCUCAACCGCCUUCCAACGGAUUCACAUUUGGACAAAACCAAAGCUUCCCAGGAGCUAACCUGGCGCCUGCACAGUCGAAUCAAAACGGAGGCACGCCGUUCGCAUUUGGCUCUGGAGGCGGAAGCUCUUCAUCUUCAUUCAAUUUCUCUUCAUCCUUCGGUGGUACAAGCUCGACGAGCAAUCCAUUUGCCAGUAUGAACACUACUAGCUCCGACCAGUCCAAGCCGGCCAGCUUUUCUGGCUUUCAAGGCUCACUCUUCAAUGUCCCGCCAGGUGGAAGCCAGUCUCCGGCCCAACAGCCUCUGCCUUCAGGUUCAAUGUUCGGGACCCCGUCUCAACAGAGUGCUAGCACCGGCGGCCUUUUUGGCAGCAACCCAACUAGCGGGCCUUCUGCCUCAUCUGGAACGGCCACUUCUACCACCGGCAGCAUCUUUGGUCAGAACAAUGCGGCUCCUAGCACCCCUUCAACGAAUGUCUUCGGCCAGUCUAGUGUAAAGAAGCCGUCUCCAUUUGGCCAAUCUACAGCAUUCGGCAGUGACUCGAUGCAAACUUCUCCUGAUGCAAAGGGUGGUGCUUCCCAGUCGAAGCCAUCAAUCUUCGACAACGCUCCUGCACCUCCCCCCAGCUUCGGAGGCGCCACAAGCUUUUCAAGCACUGGAGGCACUUCAUUGUUUGGCGCACCAGCAUCCUCAGCGGCAGAGACUCCGUCAAAGCCAGUGUUCGAUUUUAAGGCAACUACUCCUUCGUCAUCGCUUUUUGGCGGUGCUCCUACCCAGGCCACUUCUAUAGCUACUCCUUCUGCGUCGACGCCAGCCCCGACUGCUGCGUCUACAGCAGCCCCCGCAUCAUCCUCAAUGUUCGGCGCUGCCUCGCCAGCUAAGCCAUCUACUCCUUUCCAAAACCCGUUCCAGUCUUCGAAUUUGUUCCAAAGCGCUUCUUCGACCGCACAAAAACCUGCCGAGGAGAAGAAGGAGGAAGUAAAGCCUGCUGAGUCGCAGCCUAAACCCCCUUUCCAGUUCACUUCAUCUUCAGCCACGGGCCCGUCCUUGUUUUCUAAGAGCGAAGCCACUGCCUCGGCAGCUCCGGCAGCUCCGGCAGCUCCUUCAACUGGUUUGUUCCAGACAUCGUCCACUAAGAACCUCUUCGAGCCCAAGCCGGCCGCAACUGCAGCACCAGAACAGCCCAAGGCCGCAGGAAAUCCCUUCGGAGGCUUGUUUGCGAAGCCAGCGACCCCGAGCAAGCCAGCAGUUGAGCAGCAGCCACUUCCUUCAUCUUCGACUCCUUUCCAGGGUCUUUUCUCCAAGCCGAGUACACCAAAUGAUGCAGCAAAGACAAGCGAGCCGGAAAAGCAGGCCACUCCUGGUCAAUUAUCUUUCACCCCUUCGAGUAAUGGUUUCUCUCAAACGUCGAAUCUUUUCGCACCCAAGCCUUCGGCAUCACCGGCCCCUGCCGCUGAGGUCAAAGCACCGGCACCCUUGACAUCUGCAGCUUCUGUUGAGAGUCCCUUCAAGGUCAAUGGCACGAAGUCGACGCCUCCGGCUCCUACCAACGGAAUCGCUGCACCGUCUAGUUUUGGGCAGCUCCAGACCCCCAAACUCUCCGACAAGGGGGAUAAGAAAAUUACAGGGGACGCCGAGAUGCUGUACCGUAUGCGCGUCUUGAAUGAAUGCUUCAAGCGUGAAAUGGCGAAAAUGGACCCUUCGACCCAAAACUUUGACGCCGCUGUUCAGUUCUAUAUGCGUGUCCGGGCCACGCUUGGUGCCUCAGUUGGCUCAAAGCGCAAGGCCUCUGGCGACGAUGUUGGCGAGCUUCCCACGAAGGUACAGUCAUUUGGCACCCCUUUCGGGCAUGCGGCUGCUCCCAAGGAAAGCUCUACUACUCCAGCUGUGACUGCGCCGAGCUCCACGCCAUUCAAAGCAUUUGGCACAAGUCAGGCCGCUUCUACCAGUGGCAAGAGAAAGUCGAUUGAUGAUGGCGAUGAUAGUAGCCCUGCCAAGCGUGUCAAUGGUGACUCCACCACGGCAAGCAUCUUCGCCCAGUCAUUCUCCAAGUCGAAGACCGAGUCUGAUCAGUCAGUUGAUUCGGAGCCAUCCUCGGCUAGACCGUCCACCCCUGAAUCUACCAAACCUGCUUUGUUCUCUACGACGCCAUCCACAGCACCCGCUAAGCCUCUAUUCUCCUUCCCAGGGUCGGGGAAGAAAGACACGCCUUCGGCUCCGCUUUUCUCCUCCAUGUCCAGUGCUAGUUUAACAUCGGCUGCACCCGCUGGAGACGCCCCGAAGAAUCCGUUUGUACUGAAGCCUACUGGGAACGAGGGCAAUUCCGCAAGUUCUGCCUCGGGACUGCCGAAGUUUAGCUCUACAGGCGGCACGGACUUCUUUGCUCAAUUCAGAGCCCAAUCUGCGAAGGACGCCGAGAAGGAGAAGGAAAAGCGCAAGGCUGAGGACUACGAUUCUGAGGAAGAAGACGAAGCCGAAUGGGAACGCCGUGACGCUGAGGAGCAACGGCUGAAGCAGUCGUCGUUCGAAAGUCAGACCCAGAAGCGCGCGAUUUUCGUUCCCGGCAAGGGAUUUGUUUUUGGAGACGAGAGCAGCGAUUCCUCGGACAAGAAACCCGAGGAAGCCUCUGCUGCUACACCGAGCGCUGACACAUCGGUCUUCGCUAAGCAGAAUAACACUUCAAUGAAGUCAAGCAACAUUUUUGGCCACCUGUCGGCGACCCCAUCUGAGGCUGACGACAAUGACAACGAUGCGGAUGAUACCGAAGAGGCCUCUACUCCUGGUGACGAGUCGGAUGAUGCCACAGAGAGCAGCCCUGCGAAAACGAGCACGGCUGACGCAAAGGCAGAUGCUGCAGAAUCAUCGGCCAAGGAGCUUGAAAGUGGUGGUCGCAGUCUCUUCGAUCGCGUCCAGUACGACGAAGAGGGAAAACCCAAGCGUCAGGGCGAAGAGGAGCAGAAGGGUUCCAUGUCGACUCUAUUCGGUUCCUCCAAAUUCUCAUCCUCUUUCAACACUCCCACGUCCCUCAAUCCAGCCAGCAGCUCCGACUCCAACCAAGCUGCCUCCAAACCCGCAACGACCAGUAUCUUUGGCGCUGCGAACACAAGCAGCAGCAUCUUUGGUACUCCUCUAUCUAGCUCCGGCAACAACACACCGUCGCUUUUUAGUACAGGCCCGGGCAUCACCAACUCGGCUGCAGAUAAAACCUGGAAGCCCAACUCUCCAAUCAAGUUUGCGACCGACCCGGCUAGUGCUUCCACGUCAAAGCCUGAUUCCGGAUCAGCGACGCCGGCGCCUGAAGCCCCCAAGCCCUUCUCCAACCUUUUCGGAGCACCGCCAUCCCUGACCAAGUCCUCUACCUCUAAAAGUACUCAGCCGUCCCUUGGGUUCUCAUUUGGUGCUCCGAAUCAAUCAGCACCAUCUCUCUUGGCUCCAUCUAUCCUGAAUUCCGCUACUCCUAGUCGCUCCUCCACCCCGGGUGGCGCAUCUGACACGGGAGCGGAAGAGUCCGGGGAUGGUGAAGCAGCCGAGUCUCUACCCCAGGUCGAUCUGGCGCGGGGCGGCGCUGGCGAGGAGAACGAAGAUCUCGUGACGGAGAGCCGCGCUCGCGCAAUGAAGCAUACGACUGCUGGGGGAUGGGAGAGUCAAGGUGUUGGCUUCUUGCGUGUUCUGAAAGAUCGAACUACGUCCCGUGGUCGCAUCCUUGUCCGGGCUGACCCGAGCGGCAACGUCAUUUUGAAUGCGCGCUUGAUGAAUGAAAUCCGAUACACUGUCGCUAAGAACAGCGUACAGUUCAUGGUCCCUCAAGUCGAAGGUCCUCCUCAGCUGUGGGCCCUCCGGGUCAAGACGAAUGCGGACGCUGAACGCCUCUGCGCGGCCAUGGAAGAGACAAAGAAUUGA